UCUCUCACACACAAACACACACUACAACCCCUCUCUCUACAUCUCCACCAUCAAAACGCGUCCGUGGGGUAACGCCCUCUUCGUUUCUCUCUCUGAGGUGUGUUUCAUCUUCAAUUUGGGGAGUGGGGGGCCAGGUAUUCUAAAAAUCAAGUUCAAUUUUGAAACUGGGUUCGAGUCUUUUUCAUGAUUACAAGAAAUCAUAUUACCGUUAGGGUUUUCUGAGUUGUGGGUGUUUGUUUCUUGUUCAAAUUCUUUCUGAGUUUUGCGCAAUCGGAAGAACUUGGACAUGAAGCGAACUAAAUUAGACUGGUUCAUGUCUUUAAGACAGAAAAGAUCGAUUCAGUUUCUGAUCGGUUUAGGAUUUUUGUAUCUGCUCAUGGUUGGUCUAGAAGUUCCCUUUGUGUCGAAAAUAGUUAGUCAAGAAGACGAGUCUAGUGUUUUCUUCUUCUCUGACAAAUUCUCCAAAAAACCCUACGCCCUAGACAGCGAAGAAGAAUUACAAGAAAAAGAAGCCCCGAUUCGCCCUCUAAAUCUCCCUCAAAUCGCUGCCAAAAUCCCUGUUAGUUCCAGGCAUUCUCGAAAAAUCCGUGAGUUCAAAGCUUUAUCCACGUUGAAUUUCGACAUCAAUAGUUUGAACGGCGAACCAAAAGAUGGAUUUGGGGGCAUUCAAAAAUCUGCAACGGAAGCUUUUUCGGUAGGGAAGAAGUACUGGGAAGAACUCGAAUCGGGUAAACUUAAAUUACCCUCGGAAAACAUCACCAUCAACGGUGUGAAAAACAAAACCAGAGAGAGUUGCCCUAAUUCGAUCACACUAUCAGGGUCUCUUUUCCGCGAAAAAGGAAGCAUCAUUGUGCUCCCUUGCGGAAUGACAUUGGGAUCACAUAUAACUCUUGUGGGUCGACCUCGAGAAGCUCAUCCCGAGCAGGACCCAAAGAUUUCGUUGUUGAAAUCCGGCCAAUAUUUGAUGGUGUCGCAGUUCAUGAUGGAGUUACAGGGCUUAAAAACCGUCGAUGGUGAAGACCCACCAAGGAUUUUGCAUUUUAACCCUAGGUUAAAAGGCGAUUGGAGCGGAAAGCCUGUGAUUGAACAGAAUACAUGUUAUCGAAUGCAAUGGGGAUCUGCUCAUCGUUGUGAAGGAUGGAAAUCCAGAGCUGAUGAAGAAACCGUUGAUGGUCAAGUGAAAUGUGAGAAGUGGAUCCGUGAUGAUGAUGAUCACUCAGAGGAGUCAAAAUCAAGCUGGUGGUUGAACAGGCUCAUAGGUCGAACAAAGAAGGUGACUUUUGACUGGCCUUACCCUUUUGCAGAAGGGAAGCUAUUCGUGUUAACUCUCAGUGCAGGAUUAGAGGGUUAUCAUGUAAACGUUGAUGGAAGACACAUUACUUCAUUCCCAUAUAGAACUGGUUUUGCAUUGGAAGACGCCACUGGUUUGGCUUUGAAUGGAGAUAUUGAUGUGACUGCUGUAUUCGCUGCAUCAUUACCCUCAGCACAUCCCAGUUUUGCCCCUCAAAGACACUUAGAAAUGUCAGAUAAAUGGAAAGCUCCACCUCUUCCAAAUGAACCCAUUGAUCUCUUCAUUGGUAUUCUUUCAGCAGGAAAUCAUUUUGCUGAAAGAAUGGCUGUUAGAAAAUCUUGGAUGCAACAUAAUCUUAUUAAAUCUUCACACGUUGUCGCCCGUUUCUUUGUUGCAUUACAUGCAAGAAAAGAAGUGAACUACGAAUUGAAGAAAGAAGCCGAUUUCUUCGGCGAUAUUGUCAUUGUGCCUUACAUGGACAAUUAUGACCUUGUUGUCUUGAAAACCGUUGCUAUAUGUGAAUAUGGAGUUCGAACUGCAUCAGCUAAAUAUAUCAUGAAGUGUGAUGAUGACACAUUUGUUAGAGUUGAUGCUGUUCUUAAUGAAGCAAAUAAAAUAGGAGAAGGGAAAAGCCUAUAUGUAGGAAACAUCAAUUACUAUCAUAAGCCUCUAAGAUAUGGCAAAUGGUCUGUUACAUACGAGGAAUGGCCGGAAGAGGAUUAUCCACCAUAUGCAAAUGGUCCAGGGUACAUUCUAUCAUCAGAUGUUGCAGAGUUUAUUGCAAUGGAGUUUGAGAAGCAUAAAUUGAAGCUGUUCAAGAUGGAAGACGUGAGUAUGGGAAUGUGGGUAGAGCAGUUUAAUAGCACAAAAAAACGUGUAGAAUAUGUGCACAGUUUGAAGUUUUGUCAGUUUGGUUGCAUUGAGGAGUAUUAUACAGCUCAUUAUCAGUCUCCUAGACAAAUGAUGUGCAUGUGGAACAAGCUACAACGCCAUGGACGCCCUGAAUGCUGCAACAUGAGAUGACACCUUUUGAAUAGGAGGAAUGUAGUGGGCCCAAUCAAGAUAGCUCUCUUUCCCUUUUGAGAUUCUUUGAUUAUUUUGUUUCUUUAUCUCCCUUUCCCCUUUCUUUCUCAGAUGGGGGAUUUAUAUAAUGGGGAAGUUUUGAUACAACAGGAAUCCUUGGGGUGUGGGUCAUUGUAAUGUAAUUUACUGUAGAACUGGAGGAAAAAAAAAAAAAAAAAAAAAAGA